CUGGCUAACGAUCUCUUAUGUUAUAGGUGAACAGGAAGCAAAAGAGGAUAGUUUGCGUCUGUUUCUGACAUGUCUGUGUAAGUGAACUGCAUCCACUGAUCUACCAUGGAAUAUGAUUUUCACAGAAAGAGGACAGUAAAAUCUGUCUUACAAGCAAGCUGUUAUAAAGUGGCAGAUAUUGCAGAACUUGCUUUGCUGACAAGGCAUUUGUGCCAGGAAAAGGGACAGAAAAACCUGCUUCUCCUUGAAGACAUCCCUUGGUGUCAUGCUUUAACUCUGCGGCCAACUAUCACUGUUGAAAGCAGGCUGAUCCCAUCAGUACGGACAUUAGAGGCUGAAAGGAUGUUUGAAUCCAAAAGAUUGAAUAAGAUUGACCUUGAAAACAAGACUGCUCAGCAAACUGAGUCUGACCUGAAGGGCAAAAGAAUUGGUGCAAGAAGGCCACUUCCACCCUUCUGAUGGCCUCAUGCUAGGCCCAUAUCUUUGAAGCCCUGGCUCUAGUCUCACUCAGGCCUCUUAUUCAGUUAUAAUUCCAGUCAGUGCAAAUUGUGGCCUGACUUUAAGCCAUUGUAACAGAUCGUCACCAGCAAAAACCGACCUUCAGAAAAAUUCUGCUGUGAGUUAGGACUUCAAGUUUUGGCCAGGAAUUAUCAUGACUCAACACUUACCUGCCUAGCAAGGAUGAGCUGUCAAAUACAGCUCAGUUUGUAAUACACAGGAAAGCUGGAUGUAGGAAUGACUAGGUCAUGAAUAAAUUCCAUCCUUGUACUAGUUUCUUCACAUCCAUUUUACAUUGUUUCUGUUAUAAAGGUCCCAGGAUGAAUAUCCUAAUGCAUCAUGAAUGGGCUAAGUUCAUGAUCUACAGAAAAGAUGCAAGUUUAUUAAAUCAAUAAUUUAAAAGGGAAUUAGAUGCCUAAAUACCUUCAAGGAUCUGGGCCUUUGUACUUUUUGUUUUUUUUUCAAUUCCAGAAGAAAUAAUGAAGCUUAUAGCCAUGUUGCCAGUAUUUUCUUGCGAUGUAAAAUUGUACAUGUUUAUGUUUUCUUAUUUUUGAUAACGAAUUGGGUGGGGUGGGGAAAGAAAAGUAUCUCACGAAAACAUCCAGAUCCCAAAACAAGGUUAUAAAGUAGCAUCUAGAAAAUGAGAUUGUAUAUGAUGUGUUUGUAAUGUACAGUUUUAGAAAAGGAUUCAAUUCUCAGGAGUAUGUUAAUUUUGAUUUGGAGAAAGGCCUUAAGUACAUCUCUUUGGCCUGAUUCAGGAAAGCAAUUCUUUUCAGGACAGUACUUACAUACAUGUUUAAAUGCCACUGAAGUCAGUGAGUUAAUUACUUGCUUAUAGUUAAGCAGAUAUGUAAGUGCCUUCCUGAAUUGGGUCUCUCUGAAGUUUGCAAUAAUUGCAUGAAAUCUUAUGUUUUCACUGGUUAAAGGGACACUGCCAAGAUUUAAAAAAAAAACAGAACAAAAAAAACAACCAAAUUCUGUACUUACAGUUAAAAAUCAGUGUCGAAUCAGAGUAACUCCAUUCACUUAACGUGACUGUAAAAGUAGCACUUAGCUAUUAAAGUGAUAUGUUCUUUGGGCCAAAUUCUGCUGUCACAGUUUAAAUCUAGAAUAACUUCUUUAGUUACUAUGAUCUGAUAUUGUUGAAUUGAGAGGAGAAUUUGACUCAGGGAGCAGGUCAGCUGAAUAGGAAGAUGCCAUUUUUAGAGCGCCCAUCCAAGUUUAAUUUAAAACAAAUUUCUAUUCAUACGAGUUUGUGUGUCUUGUUUAAAAAAAAUAAGCAAGCCCAAAUGUUGGGCCUAACCUAAAAGUGACAGUGUAGUCAAUUUGUAAUCAAAUUCUGUCAGAUAUUGGGGUAAUUAUUAAACAGAACUUCUCUCAUGUUUCUUAGUUUUCUUCUCAACAUUUCAUUAAGAAAGCCAUCUAAGCUCACUAAAAUCAAUAGGAAUCUAUCUAUUGACUUUAAUGAGUUUUGAAUCAAGCCCUAAAGGCCUACUGUGGUCCCUAAAUUCCAUCUUCAGACAUGCAGCAGCACCAUAUUGGUAGAGAGAGUAGGAUGCUUCGUUCCUUUGGUUUGGGGUUUUUAUCCCCCUUCUACCAUGUGCUCUGAGCUGCAACCUCAGUGGAUGGGAGGAGUCCCCUUGCAUGAUUCAUCCUCAUGGGGAGGCAAGCCGAGCAAUCAGAGUGUUUCGUCCUUUUGUUGAUGUUUUAUCCAUCCAGAUGUAGGAAGUUUCCAGCUGUAAGAUCCAACUCUAUCCCUCUUUCAAGAGGGGCGUAACAGUUUCUGUAGGAGACCAGCUCCUCACGCUAAUUACACUCCUCUCCUGUAUGGUGAAUCAACUGUACAGCAAGCAGCCUUUUACAGCUUUUUUUUAAAAGUAGAUUGCGCAACCGGGAGCCAAUCACGCUCACCGGUCAGAAAUUCAAAAAAACAAAACAAAAAAGCAGAAGCCCAUCCCCCACGGGCAAGCCCCAGAACAAGCAACAGGCUACUUAAAUAAAUGAAUAGGCAAUUACUACACAAAGAAGCCUGAUUAGGCUUUCUGGGUGCCACCUUGGCAGCCUUCACCUCAAUACCAUCAUUGUAUUUCCUAAAAAGCCCAAAACGCUGCAUCCACUGGUUAAGUCAAAACAGUAACUAGCAUUUUUGCUGACUAUAUUCAUUUGCUUUACAUUAACUACACUACCC